AUGGGAAAAGUUGGCGCCGGCGGCGGCUCCCCAGCCCGGCUGAGCGCGCUCCUCGCGGGCGCGGGGCUCUUGGCCCUCUGCGUCCCGGGCGCCUGCGGCGGCGGCUCCUGCUACCCCCAGCUAUCCCCCGGCUCGGCCCCGCGCUGGGCUCCGACCCCAGGGGGCUUCCUUCGCCAGAGGCCGCGAGGCAGAGCUGCUGCCACGCCCCUGCCCCUCCUUGGGCGCCCCCUGUUCGCAGUGGCCCCCGGAGACCGAGCGCUGUCCCUGGAGCGGGCCCCUGGCACCGGGGGGUCGGUGGCGGUUGCCCCACGCUCUGGCCGGCGGAGACGGAGUGAAGCGGAUCCCAGGAAGGCAGAAAGGGGAGAGGGCGCGAGUCGAAGCCCCCGGGGAGUGCUAAGGGAUGGAGGGCAGCAGGAGCCUGGGACUCUGGAGCGGGACCCGGACAAAGCCACUCGCUUCCGGAUGGAGGAGCUGAGACUGACCAGCACCACGUUCGCGCUGACAGGAGACUCCGCACACAACCAAGCCAUGGUCCACUGGUCUGGCCACAACAGCAGCGUGAUUCUCAUUUUGACAAAGCUCUAUGACUAUAACCUGGGGAGCAUCACUGAGAGCUCGCUUUGGAGGUCGACUGAUUAUGGAACCACUUAUGAGAAGCUGAAUGAUAAAGUUGGUUUGAAAACAAUUCUAAGCUAUCUCUACGUGUGUCCCACCAACAAGCGUAAGAUUAUGUUACUCACAGACCCGGAGAUUGAGAGCAGCUUAUUGAUCAGCUCGGAUGAAGGGGCCACCUAUCAAAAGUACCGGCUGAACUUUUACAUCCAAAGCUUGCUUUUCCACCCCAAGCAAGAGGACUGGAUUCUGGCAUAUAGCCAAGACCAAAAGUUAUACAGCUCUGCUGAAUUUGGGAGAAGGUGGCAGCUUAUCCAGGAAGGGGUUGUACCAAACAGGUUCUACUGGUCUGUGAUGGGGUCAAAUAAGGAACCAGAUCUUGUGCAUCUCGAGGCCAGAACUGUAGAUGGUCAUUCACAAUACCUAACUUGCCGAAUGCAGAACUGCACAGAGGCCAACAGAAAUAAACCUUUCCCAGGCUACAUUGACCCAGACUCUUUGAUUGUCCAGGAUGAUUACGUGUUUGUUCAGCUGACAUCAGGAGGACGGCCACAUUACUACGUAUCCUACCGGAGGAAUGCCUUUGCCCAAAUGAAGCUGCCCAAAUAUGCUUUGCCCAAGGACAUGCACGUCAUCAGCACAGAUGAGAAUCAAGUGUUUGCAGCGGUUCAAGAAUGGAACCAAAAUGACACCUACAACCUCUAUAUCUCAGACACCCGUGGGGUCUAUUUCACACUGGCCUUGGAGAAUGUCCAGAGCAACAGAGGUCCUGAGGGCAACAUCAUGAUCGACCUCUAUGAGGUAGCAGGGAUAAAGGGAAUGUUCUUGGCUAACAAGAAGAUUGACCACCAAGUGAAGACUUUCAUCACGUAUAACAAAGGCCGAGACUGGCGUUUGCUGCAGGCACCGGACACGGAUCUAAGGGGGGACCCUGUACACUGCUUACUGCCCUAUUGCUCACUACACCUUCACCUUAAGGUCUCCGAGAAUCCCUACACAUCAGGGAUCAUUGCCAGCCGAGACACAGCUCCCAGCAUCAUAGUGGCUUCAGGUAAUAUCGGUUCUGAAUUAUCAGACAGUGACAUCAGCAUGUUUGUCUCUUCAGAUGCAGGGAACACCUGGAAGCAGAUCUUUGAAGAAGAGCACAGUAUUUUGUAUCUGGAUCAGGGUGGAGUCCUGGUUGCUAUGAAGCACACAUCUCUCCCGAUUCGACAUCUCUGGUUGAGUUUUGAUGAAGGGAGAUCUUGGAGCAAAUACAGUUUUACAUCUAUUCCACUUUUUGUGGAUGGGGUUCUGGGUGAGCCUGGGGAGGAGACCCUAAUCAUGACUGUGUUUGGACACUUCAGCCACCGCUCGGAAUGGCAGCUGGUCAAAGUGGACUACAAGUCUGUUUUCGAUCGACGGUGUGCCGAGGAGGACUACAGACCAUGGCAGCUGCACAGCCAGGGGGAAGCAUGCAUCAUGGGAGCAAAGAGGAUAUAUAAGAAGCGAAAAUCAGAGCGUAAGUGUAUGCAAGGAAAAUAUGCAGGAGCUAUGGAAUCUGAACCCUGUGUCUGCACAGAGGCUGAUUUUGACUGUGACUAUGGGUAUGAGCGACACAGCAAUGGUCAGUGUCUGCCAGCAUUUUGGUUCAAUCCAUCUUCUCUGUCAAAGGACUGCAGCUUGGGACAGAGUUAUCUCAACAGUACUGGGUAUAGGAAAGUGGUUUCCAACAACUGCACGGACGGAGUGAGAGAACAGUACACCGCCAAACCGCAGAAGUGUCCCGGGAAGGCCCCACGGGGGCUGCGCAUCGUCACUGCGGAUGGAAAGUUGACAGCAGAGCAAGGGCACAAUGUUACCCUCCUGGUGCAGCUGGAAGAGGGUGACGUCCAGAGGACACUCAUCCAAGUGGACUUCGGUGAUGGCAUUGCAGUGUCUUACGUCAACCUCAGCUCCAUGGAAGAUGGGAUCAAACACGUCUAUCACAAUGUGGGCAUUUUCCGAGUGACCGUGCAGGUGGACAACAGUCUGGGCUCUGACAGCGCCGUCCUGUACUUACAUGUAACUUGUCCCCUGGAGCAUGUACACCUGUCUCUUCCCUUUGUCACAACAAAGAACAAAGAGGUCAACGCAACGGCAGUGCUGUGGCCCAGCCAAGUGGGCACCCUCACUUACGUGUGGUGGUACGGAAACAACACAGAGCCUCUGAUCACCUUGGAGGGAAGCAUAUCAUUCAAGUUUACUUCGGAAGGGAUGAACACCAUCACAGUGCAGGUCUCAGCUGGGAAUGCCAUCCUGCAAGACACGAAGACCAUCGCGGUGUAUGAGGAAUUCCGAUCCCUUCGCCUGUCCUUCUCUCCGAACCUGGACGACUACAACCCUGAUAUCCCUGAGUGGAGGAGGGACAUCAGCCGAGUCAUCAAAAAAUCCCUGGUGGAAGCCACAGGGGUCCCAGGCCAGCACAUCCUGGUGGCGGUGCUUCCUGGCUUACCUACCGCCGCUGAGCUCUUUGUCUUGCCCUAUCAGGAUCCGACUGGAGAAAACAAACGGUCAGCUGAGGACCUAGAGCAGAUAUCAGAGCUGCUGAUCCACAAGCUCAACCAAAACUCGGUGCACUUUGAGCUGAAGCCUGGGGUCCAAAUCCUUGUCCACGCAGCCCACUUAACAGCAGCCCCACUGGUGGACCUCACUCCAACCCACAGUGGAUCCGCCAUGCUGAUGCUGCUCUCAGUGGUGUUUGUAGGGCUGGCCGUGUUCGUCAUCUACAAGUUUAAAAGGAAGAUCCCGGGGAUUAAUGUUUAUGCCCAGAUGCAGAAUGAGAAAGAACGAGAGAUGGUCAGUCGGGUCAGUCACACUGAAAGCAGGGCCCAUAUCCCUCAGACUGAACUAAGGAGGCCUGGCCAACUGAUAGAUGAGAAGGUGGAAUGCCAGCUCAUAGGAAGUAUUUCCAUAGUUGCUGAGAAUCAAAGCACAAAAGAAAUCCCUACCUAUGUAAAUGUUUGA